AUGGUUGCUGGAACGGUGGGUCACGAAAUCUUGUCUCCAAUCUCACCAUCGAGACUCUGGAAGGCGAUGGUGAAGGACUCCCACAACCUCAUGCCCAAGCUCAUGCCUGAAAUCAUAUCAAGCAUUGUCAUUCUAGAAGGUGAUGGUGGGGUUGGCACGAUCAGACAGUCCAACUUCACUGAUGUCAUCAAGGACUUCAGCUACUGGAAGGACCGCAUAGAUGAGAUCAACGACAAUAACCAUUUGUUCAAGUACUCAGUGAUUGAAGGUGGCCUACUCGGGAAGAAAGUGAAAUCAACUACAUUUACGUUGGAGUUCAAAGAUGGCAUCAAUGGCGGAAGUGUAUGCAAGUUUCAUGGAGAGUUUGAGACGGUAGAAGGUAACCUGCCCAAGGAAGAUGAAACUAAGGAGAUGAUGGGAAACAUGGAGGGAAUGUUCAAGGCAGUAGAAGGAUAUCUCCUUGAAAAUCCAAAUGCAUACGAAGCCCUACAGGUUGUUUUCCAGAAAAACAUCGCAGAAAAUCUAGCGGGCUGGGGUAGCUGGUGGCGCGUUGUCGACUGGGCGGUGGCGCCGCCCCCUUUUGGUGCAGGCAGCAGUGCACCACCGCGGUCCUCUGGAGGUUCUGGCAGUGGCAGCGGUGGUGGGCCGCCGGUCUGGCGGUAG